CAGGUCAUUGCCGACUAAUACAGGUCAAACACAUCUUGUAGACUUAAGUGUAGGGUUGGUUGACUUCUACCAUGCCAAGUGGUAUGCACAUUGAUGAAAAUGGAGGGGACCAGAAUAAGAAAAAUGCAUCUAGGCUGUACCUGGUGAUUGGCUUGAGUGUUGCUGUGAUAUCACUAAGUAUCCUAGGGAUAGGAAUAGGGAUUGGGUACGGGAUUUGGAAUGAUGCUUCUAUUCCUCAAGCAACUCCCGAGACGCAGAAAACAACGGAGCCUACUAAACCAUCUUGGACAUCAGGUUCAGACAUUCCUAACAAGCCAACUACGCCACAGACAACACCAAAACCAGCUAAGCAUUGGAUUGAUACUCCUUGUAUUUCAGGAUCUCAACCCAGAUGUCCACCAGGUGUUGACAAACCUCCAUUGAUACUAGUUUCUUUAGAUGGAUUCAGAGCAGAUCUUCUCUAUAGAGAAUUUACUCCUCACAUAAAAAGACUCAGUGACUGUGGAGUACAUACACCCUACAUGCUACCAGUGUUCCCGACAGUAACAUUUUCAAACCACUAUGCCAUUGCUACGGGUUUGUUUCCUGAACACAAUGGUCUGAUAAGUAACGCCAUGUAUGACCCGGUGUUAGAGAAAUGGUAUUAUUUGAGCACUGAAGAGAAGUAUAAAAACGACUGGUACUGGGGAGAACCGAUUUGGAAUACAGCCAUGAAGCAAGGGCUACGGACUGGAUGUUACUUCUGGGUUGGAUCUGAUGUAGAUGUACAGGAUAUGCGACCAAACUAUUAUUUUCAAUACAACGGAGAUACUACAGCAGAACAAAAAAUUGAUACAAUUCGUGGUUGGUUACAACUGCCAACUGGAAAGAGACCUGAUUUGAUAACUCUGUACUUUGAUGAACCUGAUAAGACGGGGCAUCAAUAUGGACCUGAUUCUGACGAGCAAAACAAAGCCCUUGAGAAGGUGGAUGGUUACAUUGGUGAUCUCAUGGACGCCUUGUUGGCAGUGGACAUGCAUGAAUGCGCUAGUAUCAUCAUUCUUGCUGAUCAUGGGAUGGCUAACAGAAGCUGUGAAGAUGCUGCAAUUAUAUUGGGUGAUCCCAAUGGUAAAUUUGAUUUUGAUUUCACUGAUUAUGACAGUGAUUACACAUCAGGCACCAUGAUGAGAUACACAUCUAAGCCUACAGCUGCCCUAAAGGAGCCAAGAGAGGUAGUUGACCGUUUAAAGUGCCGUGAUCCUGCAGCUAUUCCAUACGUGAAGCAAGACAUGCCUAAGAGAUUUCACUACAUGAAUAACAGACGGAUUGAGGAUAUUCUUAUACCUGUAGAGCAAGGCUAUACAAUCAGCAACAAUUUUACAACUGCCUGUAACGGUGCUGGACACGGGUAUGACAAUUUGGCUGUCAAAAUGCAGAGUCUGUUUCUUGCGUAUGGUCCAGUGUUCAAGGAGAAUCUGGCUAUAGAACCUUUCCAAAAUGUGGAACUCUUUAGUCUCAUGUGUGACAUCUUAGGACUGAGCCCACCAACAAAUGAUGGUGAAUAUGGAAGUCUUCAUCAUAUUCUUGAGAACCCACCUCCGCUUCCUCCGUCCAAUAAGGCUAAUUAUUCUGAAGCCCUCUCUUGUCCAUACCCCGGGUCUGAGCAGGAGUAUUCGGAUAGACUGCUUGACGAUAGCUCGCUGUGUGUUUGUCAGGAUAUGGUCUCGAAUGAAACCAACAAAACAAUCCAAGAGUUUGAUGAGCAGCUGAACUUGUCCGAUGAUGCAAAGUUGGCCUUAAAAUCUAAGCACGCAAUGUUUGGGAUGCCUGAAGUCUCCUUUAAGACAGAGUUUUGUGAGUUGUUCCAGCAAGACUACAUAACGGGUUACAGUCAUCAACUGAAGAUGCCAUUGUACACCACUUUCACCAUCGAUAAGAAGCAAUUGAGAGGUACUUCCCCAGACGUCAAUUGCGCUAUAAGACCAGAUGUUCGUGUUGGAGCGGACAUUACACCAAAAUGCUCGGACUACAACGUGACUGAUGAGGACUUUGCUAACAUUACUGUGGGCUUCUCCUACUCACCAGGAUUGACUGAGACACUGGAAGCCAAGAUGGACAGCCUCAUCAUUUCCAACAUGGUUCCACAGUUUGCAGGUUUUAUCCAAGAUAUUUGGAGUGGAUACCUGGAUGUUUAUCUUCCUAAGUGGGCCGAUAGCUACAAUGGAAUCAACGUUGUAACCGGGCCAAUCUUUGACUACGACUUUGAUGGUUUUAGAGAUCCAAUAGAAGUCUUAAUGCAAAAAGGGUUAAAGCUUCAGGACACCUUUAUCCCUACCCAUUAUUUCGUCGUGAUCACCAUGUGUUCAGACACACCCAGCUUACCACUCGACAAAAAUUGUUCCAAGCUCAACCCAUUGGCGUUCAUUCUUCAUAACAAAGAUGGAAUACAGACGUGUCAGAGUCCAUCAGACUAUAUGGAGACCAAUAUUGCCAGAGUCAAGGAUGUUGAACUACUAACUGGAUUGAAAUUCUACUCCAAUCUUGAUCCCUAUGCAGCGAUUCGUCUGAGAACGUUUAUUCAAGAGAGAAUCGAGUUCUUCAAAUAUUGGGAUAAGUAUUAAACUAAGUGUGCAAAAUAGGUGUGGUUUUAUUAGAAGUAAGAUUAAAAUAAAAUGAAGAAUUUGGGUUGAACAAAGAAAUAUUGACGAGAGCAGGAUUUGAACCAAUGACCUUCAGAUUAAUGUGCUGGUGGUGUACCAACUGAGCCUUAUGUUGGCAGUCUUCCUAUAUCUUUGGUCAGGGGUGCCAGUCAGAAGCAAGACAACUGUUAACUGUCAUGUAGCCAGGGAUCACACCCAGGUUUCUGAUUCAACCUGGGAAGCGGCAGCAGCGGGAUUACCUUAAGGGGUACGACUUAAGCUCAGAUAUAUAUCAAACAGAUUUUCAUUUACUCCUUUAGUUUUGAUCGGUAUUUUUAUGUUUCCUUUGUUCAUCAUUUAAUAAAAGGAUGAAUUGAAUAACUUUUACCUGUUUCUUUUGUUGGUUUUACUUUUUGUUAUUUAGCUCAUUCUUUUAUUAUUUUGGUGGAGGUAUCAGUCUUGGGUGUGAAACAAGUUGAAUCUUAUAUAUAAUUGGUUUCUCUUUGUGCAUGUAGUUCAAGACAGUGGACACUAUUGGUAAUUGUCGAAGACCAGUCUUCUCACUUGGUGCAUCUCAACAUAUG